AUGGCAGGGGCUGUCAACCAGGGCAUGAGCGGUGGUCCAGUGCUUAAUACGCAAAAAGAAGUCGUCGGUGUCAAUGUUGCGCACAAUACCCAAGGGGAGUUGAUGAGUUAUUUGGUUCCUAUUUAUGAGGGCAACCACAACAAACCUUAUUACCAAGACGCCUAUUAUGUUGGAGUCCUUAAACCACCUGCAACGCGCAUCAGCCCAGAUGAGCCUUUAGAGGAUUUUUUAGGCAUCGCCUUUGUGAAUGAUUGGGACUACAUCAUGAAUUUCCGUCGUUUCACCGAUCGUACCUACAAUGGCACGCCGGGCGAUGGUGGUGUGACCACUUGCCACUAUAAAGUGAAGUUUGAUCGUCAAGGAACAUUUGGCCCUUAUAAAGUGACCGGUACCGCGUGGAAAGAACAAGGAUGUCCCGUUGUUCCAGAUCCACUAAAAGAAACGAUUGUUCGCGAAAUUGCUCCAGCACCAGCACCACCUCCACCAGCGCAAGAAUCUGCAGUGUUGAAUUUGAAUGCGGAUGCGUUGUUUGCGUUUGACAAGUGGACGCUCAACAUGACGGUUAAAGGCAAACAGGAGUUGGCGCGCUUAACAAGUUUCUUGUCAUCUAAACAAUAUGACACCGUUGAGUUGGUGGGUCAUACCGAUCAGUUAGGUAGUGAUUCGUACAACCAACGUACUACCACAUACUACCCACCUGGUAGUGCGGCAGCACCUGGAGCGUCGAUGAGUGUACCUGCAGAAGCACCAGUUGAAACGGGCACAGUAGUGACACCGCCAGCUGAUUAUGUUUCUCCAACGGUUCCUGAGCCUGUUGCG